ACUGCAAAAAUGUCGAGCUGCACAAAACCUUCCAUUGCAGUGACGUCACUAGCAGAGCGCCCCAUUCGAUUAUUCUAAGGUCUAUUUAUAGCGGAACGAGGCCAACCCGGCUUGUAGGACGACAGAAGUGUUGCAUUUUAUAGUAGAGAAGGUUUUCUUCCCCCCUCCCUCCCACGCUGAAAAGACGAACCCAAUCCACCUGUUGGUUUCAGAGGACGAGGAAGUAAGGUCGAAAAAAAUUCACGCUUCGUCAAGAGGCGUUGUAUUUCAGGAAUUGUGACGUUCGGUAAGACUUUUAUGUUAGUUACAAUGUUGAGAUGGAGUGGUUUAUUUGUGCAUGUGCUGUGCCUGUGUGUGGGACUGAGGUUAACCCUUGGACAGACGACGGCGGCCACGACGCUUUCUACAGCCGUGGCUGGCAGUGUGUGUACGCUGGAAGUCAACCAAACACAAUGCAGCAGUGGUAAAGCUUCUGAUGGAACGUCUAGCUCAAACUGUGACCAAGGAGAGUGGAUUUUGGACGUACAGGCCACAUCGGGCACUACAGUCCAGUUUGGCAGCGACGACGGAUACCAACCCAACUUGGUAUCAAAUACGACAGAAAAUGGAAAUACCACAUUUAAAUACAGUGUCAGCUGCUGUUAUGACGUCAUGCGAGCUGACGAUUCUGACGUCGCGACGUGCAAGAUCAACGUCACCGAACGUUCGACGUUCGCGGGAAGUGUGGGUUUCCCCGAGGACACGUUAGCUCACGUCGCGAUCGGCUGCGGCGGCGGGAUCGUGGUCAUGCUGUGCCUGGUCUUCGCGCUCAACGCCGUGUGCAACAGCGACCAGAAGAACCAGGCCAAGUACAAGGCAGCGCAAGACGCGGAAAGCCAGCAGAGGAAGGUCGAACAGCCGCCACCGCUGAGCCAAGACACGCCCAGAAGGCCGGCGCUAGAUGCUGUGUUCGACACCGGCCAGCGACAAGGCCAGCGGCCAGGCUACAACGACCGCGCCUUGCCGGACCCUCCCCCGCCGGGCUCGCACGGAGGGUACCCCGAUCGCCCCAUGGGAGAUCCUCGGUCGGCCUCGCAGGGAGACCGCGGCGACCGCGCCAUGGCCGAUCCUCGGGAACAGUCGUACGGGCACGACAGACCACCGUACGACGACCGUCGCGGACACGACAACUACGACGACGACCGUCGUGGGCACGACCGACCACCGUACGACAACCCACGCGGGCAAGGCCGACCACCUUACGACGACCCUCGCGGGCACGACAACUACGACGACGACGGCUACGACAACUGGUCCUUUCAACACGACGACUACGAGCGUCCGCGACACCAGUCCCAGUUCGCGCCACCGCCGAGGGAACACCAACGCCAACAGCAGAUGCGUCGCCACACAGAAGCGCCACCCUCCGGACCGCAGCGGUACGACAACCACGGAGAGGCUGCCAGGAACUUCAACGGCCCUUACGACCGCCACGGCCGGUACUCGGAGAUGCCGCAAUACGACAGGGGCAUGCGCGGUGGACCACCCACAGACUUCGACAUGUAUUAGCAAGCUUUGUUCAAGGUCAAGCUCGUCUAUUUGGCAAAAAUCUGAACUUAUGUAGGAAAAAAGCAAUUUUUAAGAUUUCUACGCAUAAUCAGACUACCAUUUUUAACAACUUACACUGACGUGAGUGCAAUGUACUGUUAUAUUAAUUAUGCUAACCAGGAACAAAAUGGCCAGUAUUGAAUUUCCAGCAAAAGAUCUGUGGUAUACCAUGUAUUACUACUAUAAUACUUAUCGUGUAAUAUCCAUUUAUAAAAUCAUAAAGAACGCGAGAACUAUGAAACUCAAGAUUCUACUUAAUGAUGGCGAUUCUAAACGUAUAUUGACUAACUGUGGACUUAAGUUGCAAGUGUGUUCUAAUGUGAAUCUUCAUGAUCAAAGGAAAGGCAAGCUUAGGGCAACAGCAGCAUGUACUGGUACUGUAUGAGAAUAGUAAUUUGUUGUAUUAAACUCAACUGUCAUAUUGAUAUCAUUCACAUAUAUAUUUGGACAUGAUAAUCAUGGCUUUUUGGUUAUUGUAAUCAAGAAUUUCCUGAAUAAAUUAACUUA